UCUCCCUUUGUUGAUAAAGUCGAGUGGAUCUAUUUGUUGAGAAAAUUGGGAGAGAUGACGUAUCAGUUGACUUGUCUCGCACUUUUUGCGUUUUCUCUUUAUACGAUUGCAUGUGCCAAUAAAUAUACCAAGGAAGUGAAUAAGAAUUGGCACGAAGAUGAGAACAAUCCGUUCAAAAGUCUGAAAGUUAACCAACUUUGGGAGAAGGCCAAGAAGCGGCUGUCGGGACCCCGUCUAGCUGACAUGUACGCAGAUCUGCGUGUCCAGGACAAGUACGAGAUGGAGUUGAAGAAGUACCUGCUGGAUGAUCUGGACAAGGAUGGGAUGAAGGAGGCGGAGACCAGGCUCCGAUUCAGGACUAUUGUGAAGAAUUAUGGCUUGCUGGAGCAGUUCAAGCAUGUUGAUCCUGAGAUGUCCAAUGACAUUCCCACUGGGAGUGACUUAGACAAGACAAUGGAGUUGGGUGACAAGAAGCUGCAGAAGAUCUGGAAGAAAGCCUUGCUGUCCGGGUUCAGUGAUGAAGAGCUGGACAAAUUAAAGAUGGAGUUUUGGCACCAACAGAUGAAGAUCGACGAAUACAAUUCAGUGAGAGAUGAAAUGACUGGUGUGGAUGACAUAGACAGCAACACCCUGGGGCGCGUGAAGACUGAUGGCUUGGACUCCAAAGAGAAACACAAGGACCUGAAGAUGAGACACAAGCAGGUAAAGGACGGCUACUUAAAGCUGGAGAGUCUGUCCACCAAUAAGGAUCUGGAGUUUGAGGACCCACGGGUCUACCAGCUCUGGGCAGUGGCCAAGAAAGCCAACAUGUCUGAGGAUGAACUCACAUCUUUCAAGAGUGAAUUGAAACAUUUUGAACAUAGAAUCAGCAAGCAUGAAUAUAUGAAAGACCAAGUAUUGAUGUCAAAAUAUGAACUGCGUGGGGAGGUCAAAGAUGGGCAAUAUCCCGAUAAACAUAAAAAGUUGGAAGAGAAGGCUCAGGACUAUGGCAGAAAGGUGAAGAAAAUCCAUGCUGAUUUGAAAAAACAAGUUGAUAAAGCUUUUGCCAGACAUACAGAGUUAUAGUGAAUCCAAGUCAAGAAAUCAUAGUUUCAAUAUUAUGAAUAGUUAUGUAGGUCUGAAUGUGAAAUCUCUUUCUUCAAGUCUUUUGUUGAUAACAGGCAUUUAGUUCAUGGAGGGUAGAAACAGCUCGGAUGUAAGAAUCUUCUCAAUUUUAUGUGUUGUCAAACUUAUUUGGUCAUCAAGGUAUAAUUCCUAUUGUUGAUUGGUAGAUCUGAUUGACAUUUAUACAGAUCUUCAAGUAAACACUGAUUUUAGGACAAAUUAAAUAAAGGCUAUCAGAUAUUGAAAUAUUCAAUUUUGUCAUUUUGUUAAAUGACAAGGUUGGAUAAGGGACAUUUGGGGCUGACUAGAAAUGUUUAAAGUUGUUGAAAACUUUGAAGUAUUGAUUGAGAGUAAUCAGACAUGUUUAAAUAGCUGCAAUCUAGUCUUUUAUAGAUGAAAUAUAUAAAUAUGGCUGAUAUAAGUCAUAAGUAUGAGCGAGCGAAUUUUUUUAUCCUAUGUUUUAAUCUUCAUCUCCCAUGUAAAUCAGCUUGGGUCAAGUACUUGCACACAUUCAUAUAUUUGAAAAUGCUUCUUGAAAAAAUCUUUUAACUCAUUUUAUGCUUAUCUGUUUACUGUUGUCCUAAGACGGGCGGUCUGGUAGCCUAGUGGUUAAAGCGUUCACUCGUCACACCAAAGACCCAGGUUCGAUUCCAGACAUGAGUACAAUGUGUGAAGCCCAUUUCUGGUGUCCCCCGCCAUGAUGUUGCUGGAAAAUUGCUAAAAGCGGCGUAAAACCAUACUCAUUCCCUCACCCUAAGACCCAUACAUCCAGUUGUUGAAAUGAUCAAAGACAGAUCUCAUUCACGUGAAAGCAUCUGAUUACUUUCAUACUAAUUUCUAAGCUUUUGCUCAUUUUCUUAAUGAUGCUGAUGACAAACCUCCUACUUUUCAAGUCAGCAGACUUCCCAGUCUUGACAUGGGGGAGUUAACUCCUGUCAGCUUAUAGACUUCAGCUGGAAUUCAGUUGACCCAAAUGAGUGGCAGUUCUCAUGCACCUUUAUUUAAUCUUAUAGCAGAUGUUAUGUCAUUGUUCAUUUUCUUUAAUAUUCUUUCCUUGAUAUUGGAACUAUUUUCUGGCAGAUAUUCCCUCCUCUUCUUCAAAUAAUAAACUUCAUAUCACCUCACUAUUCACCAGCAUAACCAUAAGCAUGAUAAGUGUUGGGCUCAAAUAGUCCUCGGUGUGGACCAUAUUCAAAUACAUGUACAACGUUUCAGUUAAAAAACCUUUAACAUUUUGUUGUUUAGAUAGAUAGCAGAAAUAUUUGGCUUGCAGAAAUAUUUGGCUUACAUCAAGCGAUAGCUUGGCAUUAGACUGAUUUAUACAAGGAUUUACACAUGUGGUGAUAUAUGAUGACAUAGCCCCACUUCACUGCUGUGUAACUGUCUCUGGGAGAAUAUAGAUCACAACAACCUUUGAUGUGUGUGUGUCAGUGUGGCUAUGUCAUAUAUGCAAUAUAUAUAACUCCUGUCGUCAACAACAAAGCUUGUUUGAGUAGAUAGCCAUUUCUUAGCUAGGGAGAUUUCUUAGCCGUGAAUCUGACAGGUUGUUAAGUUCUGAUUUAUGCAUUCUUCACAAUGUUCACUGUUGCUUUGCCUGAGGCUGUCCUUGGCUGUCAUGGGUUGUCGGGCAAGCACACUGACAGAUUGUUUCGUGUUGUGUACACACAGGAGAUGGAAAUCAAUGAGGAUGGUGUACAUCUGUUACGUUGUUGAAUGUGGAGGUGGGAUAAGUGUGAUGUCUACAUGUGAUGUGUACUUGUCAUGGUGAUAGACACAGUGAGACUUAAACAUGGUGUCUGAAUGAAAUCACAUAUUAACCUUGUUAACAUGAUUUAUCAAAAAUGUCAUGAUGAUGAUGUCAUUUCACGAAACUGAUGUAAUGGAAGAGAGAUAGUUACAUAACGGCAUGGAGCAAUUAAUAUCUGAAAAAUGUUUUACUCUACUGAAAAGGAAUACCAUGUUUCAAUUAAUGCGUGUCUGAUUAAUGUUUAUAAUGCACACCCCAAUUUUUCAGAACCUUCACACAUACACUCAUGCACACUAGGGUUGGCAAAAGAGAUCGUGGAUGGGUAGAAAUAUUAACGAUUAUUCAUGUGAACAUUGUGUCAGUGAUCAUAUCUUACAUAAACUAUUAUGAUGAAAUAAGUUUCAGAUUUACCAAAACGUGCUUGUUGACAAUAAUGUCAAUUGCUGAAGAUGGAAAGUAACUGUUUUUGUUAUAUCUUAAAUGUGCACAAAGUAAUCUCUGCAUAAAUGUGCCACCACUCACAAGGGGAGUGAAAUAUGUUGAUUUCUUUCGGAAUUUAUUUUACGUAUUUGCUCAAAGUUAAUUCUCUGAUAUUUAUCGAUAAUUAAUCAAUAUUUAGUUAACGAUUAUUGAUCUCUAAGAUCUGUAUCAAUAGCUAGCACUAAUUCUCUCGCACAUACACACACACACACACACACACACACACACACACAAAUCCUUGAUCCUACUUUGAAUAACUUCAGAAAAGUUGUUCCCAUGAUUCCAUUAUCUAUUCAGAAUUAGAUAUUGUCACCUUAAUUAUCCCGGGGGCACGGGUGGCCCAGUCGUCUAAGGCGCCGCGAUUCGCUGUGCAGAGUUGCGUCCCUUGGUUACGCCAGAAACCUAUGAUUGUGGGUUCGAAUCCCGGUUCACCCCGAUAAUGUUUCUAGGAUCGGGUGGUUCGGCCUCCAUCACCCUCCAACAAGCGGCGGGUUGAACCAGCGUACAGCACAAUGUGCCAGGUAGAAGAUUUCAAUUUAUUCGUGACCAAAGCGCAUGCAACAGGGUGGUUGAAAUAUUAAGUUCCAAGGUGCCGUUGUACAAAGCGAUCUCAGCUGAUCGUAACUCCCAUACCUUAACAUAGACUUACGACAGUCGAGGCGCUAAGGUUGUUUUGAACAACGGCACCCAGGUCUCUAAAUACCCAGGUUUGGAAGCUUGUUCAAAGAAAAUAAUUCUGGUGCUUAUUAGAGGAUAUACGUGUAUAGGACAGUUAAUAUUGGUGCUGUUGGAGAGAGAUGCUAAGAGCGGAGUGUGUUCCGUGUAUUUAGUGCAGCCUAGAUGAUGAUGAUGAUGAUGGUGAUGAUGAUCUAGCUAAGGCUGAUGAGUUUGUAUGCGUGGUAGUGUAGAGUGCUCCUGAUGGCGUUACCGUGCAAUAUGUAGGUAGGUUUCUUACAUUCCAUAUAUUUGACAAGGCAUGACUUUCCUGAAAUAAAACCUGAAAAAUGA